AUGAUACUCAUGAUUUUCACGACUGAUUGAUUGUUGACGACUGCUUCCACAAUUCACCAACUACAACUCAUUAGAUACGGCCGACAGCGGUUCGACUCCUUCUUGACUGACAGAUUCAAAUACUCUUCUCUCCCGCUCCAAACUACGCGAGGUGUAAAAGGUGUAAACCCGAUUGUCAUUAUCAUCGUCCAUCAUGUCACCCAGUUCGUUACCAAAUGCCAAAUUCUUCAAUGUCACCACGCCAGCGCCCUUUGUGGCGCACGUGGAGAUCAAUCGACCCAGCAAGAUGAAUGCCUUUUGUGCACCGAUGUGGAUCGAACUAAAGGGGAUUUUUGAUCACCUUUCAACAGAUCCAGAUCUGCGAUGUAUUGUCCUCUCUGGGGCUGGAGAUCGAGCGUUCACAGCCGGUCUCGAUGUGCAAGAAGCGUCGCAGUCUUCGACUUUGGGAGGCAGCGGUCCAGGCGACACAGCGAGAAAGGCCACUAGUGUGCGUCGACACAUUCUCGAGCUACAAGAUGCAGUGUCGAGCGUUGCACGCUGCGAGAAACCUGUGAUUGCCUUGGUGCACGGCAUUACCUUUGGUUUGGGCAUUGAUCUGUCCACAGCCUGCGACAUCCGCAUGGCUGAGACCAAUACCAAGUUUUCGGUCAAGGAAGUCGACAUUGGUCUCGCAGCCGACGUUGGAACAUUAAGUCGACUACCCAAAGUGGCGGGAGGUCUGACCAGUUGGGUCAAAGAGAUUACACUGAGUGCUCGAGUAUUUUCAGCCGAGGAAGCGCUCAAGAACAACUUUGUCAGCAGAGUCGUCUCCGGCAAGGCUGAAUUGAUCAAACAAGGUAUCGAACUGGCCAAAUACAUCUCUACCAAGAGCCCUGUCGCGGUCCAGGGUACCAAGAAUAUUCUCGACGCCGCAUGGGGAAGGACAGUCGAAGACAACCUCAACUACACAGCCGUGUGGAAUGCGGCCAUGAUCCAGAGUACAGAUGUCUCACGAGCGAUGCUUAGUGGGCUGCAGAAGAAGACACCAACGUUUGAGAAGUUGUAGACACAUGGCUUGGCAGGAAUAGUAAGUCAAAGGAUAAAAAUAGCGAAGUCCAGUGGACAUGGUCGAGAAAAUAGUGGUGGUUGUAUCGACAUCAAUUCGUAAAGAGCAAAAUAACAAACUACUAGGUAGUAGUCUAGGAUGAAAAAUUACAGUAAUUUCGCUG